GUCAACAAACAGUAGUUGGACUUGGAGACAGCGCAAGGUGGAACAAUUCCUUGUGUGCAUUCCUCUGCUGAAUUUGAAGUCGCGUUUGGCUCACGAAUCAAUAUUUUUACGACUGUAACUUACAGUAAAACAAGAAGCGAUUGCACGGAGGUGUUGAAAUCAGUUCUUGGGAAUUGUCCAGGCAGGCACAAGCGUCAGCUAACGUUAGCGCUACAGAAACAUGCUGUGGACUAUGACGCCUGUUUUUCUUUCUGCCUGACCGAUGGUAAUGAUGCGAAACGCGUUGGUGAGAUGCAGAAGGAUUUUUAACGUGUUGAUUCUUUAACAUGAUGGUGGUAUGGAGUAAACUCACAAGGUUUUAUGUGGGAACGCAUACCGUGUCACUGGCCUAAAUGUAAGCUUGUGUACUUUUAUCUAGCUAGCUAGGUGUAAAUGAAACGCUCUUGGCGCAAGCUAAUGCUAACUGACAUUAUCUAACGUAAUGGAAGCACCGUGAACCACUUUUACCCUAGACGCUAGCUAGCCAGCCUGCCUCUUAUCCGAAAAUUAUGUAUGGAUUAUGAUUGAGCCGAAACAAUAGCUUAUUGUAUUUUAAACUAGUGGUUUGGGGCAGCGGAACUACCGAGUUCGUUGUAGUGGCAAGCUUUAAUCAACACACCCGGGACUUUUGCUGUAAUCUUCUGACAUCAGCUAGCCCAUUAGUCAGCUAGCGUAACUAGCUGGUGACACGCUCCCAACAUAAACCCAGUAAGUUGGGAUAUCAAACGUGUCAGCAAAGUAGCUAGGUGUUCAAAUGUUAGAUCUAGCUAGUGAGGUAUGUAAAAUUAGCUAACAGUCUAUUGACAUCGGUCAACAUGAACAUUUCACAGUGAGCUGCAGUCACUUUCAACUUUAUAAACUGUCCCAAGUUUGCCUGUUCAAUUAUCCUGCUGAGUCGAGCACUGGGCUUAAUUGCACGGUUAAGUAGGCUAACCAAAGGUGCUUGGGCUGUUGUAGCGAACCAAACUAGUUUGUUAUUAGACAUCCUCAAGUCAGGCUAGUUAAAUGCGACCAGAUUAUAUGUCAACAUAUUUCUAAGGUCUUGUUGGGCACGACUUGUAUGUUGGCUUCAGUUGUUUAUAUUGGGAAACGACGUUAAUGAAAACGUGACAUUUCACAUCAUUGUCAAAUUUGCACAAUCGUAGCAAACAACGCACUUCAAGGAGCACCGCAAUAUUCUCACGCAGUUGUGGUAAUUGGGCGUGUAAAGCAACUCGAUUUCUAAAAAAAUUGAUAAAAAUACAACGUGUAGGUGAUGAUUAUACUCAAGUGACUUGUAUCUCAAGUGCAUGUAGACAUAUUGGCAAACUUAGUUUGAAUCAGUCCUUGCAAAGCGGGCAGCCUGUUGAAUAGUUUUAUUGAAGGCAACUGGAUCAGGGAAUUUAAGCUUUGCAAAACUCGGGUGUUGCGUGUUCAACUUCCCGACAUGAGAAGAUGAACAGCGAAGAGCCAGCCUUAGAUUUGUGCAAUGCUAAGAACAGCGCGGGGGAGAGCACUGCCUCAACUCCCGCGGACGAGAUCAUCCCCAGGAACAGUGGCCUCCUGAUGGAUGGAGACGCCGUCAAGCAGGGGGUGGACGCGCCAACUUUGGCCAGGCUUACCGCCUGUCCAGAUGGGGACACUGAACCUCAGCGGACGAAAGAGAAGUCGGAUAGCGACGAGAUAAAUGGAAAUAAGAACAACGGUACUGUCACAGCCGCAGCUGUUGGCUCUGACCUAGGUGACUAUUCUGAUGACAGUAAAAAACAACCGAACAGUAGCGGCAUGUUGCCGGAAACGCCUGUCUCCAGUUUUUCCAUUGGGGACGGUGCGGAUGAAGGGGACAUGGAUAUCGGUGUGGAUUUAAGUUUAGAUGAAACCGGAGUUUUGGAGUCGGAACCACCGGUGCCCAAAUCUGAAAGUGCCUCUAGCGGCACCGGUGUGAACUCGGUGUCCCGGUCGGACACGGAACUAUCAGAGAAGUCCUCCGAACCGGGACAGCAGGAUACGCCUUUAAGUCCGUCUCAGACUGAGACCCUCUCCACCCCAGCCUCUGACCAGGAUGAGGAACAGAUACAUAAACCAGGGUCCAAGAGGGUGACGUUCCCCUCUGACGAGGAUAUCGUGUCUGGUGCUGUGGAGCCCAAAGAUCCCUGGAGACAUGCCCAGAAUGUGACGGUGGAGGAGAUCCUGAACGCGUACAAGCAGGCCUGUCAGAAGCUCAACUGCAAGCCCAUUCCCAAAGUGCUCAAACAGAUACAGGAGCUGACUCAACUAAAUCAGAGAAAUGAGUGCCUGGACCUUAAAGGAGAAAAGCUGGAUUAUAAGGCUUGCGAGUCACUGGAAGAGAUUUUUAAGAGGGUCCAAUUCAAACUGGUGGAUCUAGAGCAAACCAACCUGGAUGAAGAUGGUGCGUCUGCAUUGUUUGACAUGAUCGAGUACUACGAGUCGGCCACUCACCUCAACAUCUCCUUCAACAAGCACAUCGGCACGAGGGGAUGGCAGGCCGCCGCCCACAUGAUGAGAAAGACGAGCUCUCUGACGUACCUGGACGCGCGGAACACGCCCCUGCUGGACCACUCGGCCCCGUUUGUGGCGCGCGCCCUCCGGAUCAGCGGCAGCCUGGCCGUGCUGCACCUGGAGAACGCUGGCCUGUCCGGACGACCGCUCAUGCUGCUGGCCACUGCUCUGAAGAUGAAUAUGAACCUGCGGGAGCUCUAUCUGGCUGAUAACAAGCUUAAUGGACUGCAGGACUCGGCCCAGCUGGGCAACCUGCUCAAGUUCAACUACAACAUCCAGAUCCUGGACCUGCGCAACAACCACAUCCUGGACACCGGGCUGGCUUAUGUGUGUGAAGGCCUGAAGGAACAGAGGAAAGGUCUGGUCACACUGGUGCUGUGGAACAACCAGCUCACUCACAAUGGCAUGGGCUACCUCGCAGCUGCACUGCCGUGCACACAGAGUCUGGAGACGUUGAACCUGGGCCACAACUCAGUGGGGAAUGAGGGGGUUCACAAGCUGAAGGACGGCCUCAUCGCCAACCGCUCCGUCCUCAGACUGGGGCUCGCCUCCACCAAACUCUCCUGCGAGGGUGCUGUAGCGGUGGCGGAGUUCAUUGCGGAGAGUCCUCGGCUGCUACGGCUGGACCUGCGUGAGAACGACAUCAAGACGGGCGGCCUGAUGGCUCUGUCCCUCGCCCUCAAGGUCAACACCUCUCUGCUGCGCCUCGACCUGGACCGUGAGCCCAAGAAGGAGACGGUGAAGAGCUUCAUAGAGACGCAGCGCGCCCUGCUGGCCGAAGUGCAGAACGGCUGCAAGCGGAACUUCAUCCUGGCGCGCGAGCGCGAGGAGACCGAGCAGAAGAUGCGGCAGUCGGCCUCCAUGGCCGAGAUCUCCAGCGAGGAGACGCCGCGCCCGGAGGAGGAGGGCGAGGAGGCGUCCGCCGCCGCCGCCACCGCCGCCGUCUCUGCAGUCGCGUCCACCCCCGCGGCCGAGGGAGAGAGCGGCGUCGGCGGUGGAGGAGGAGGAGAGGAGGGAGCGGCGGAGUCCAAACCCGACGGAGGGGACACGGGGAAGGAGAGCGCACCGCAGGUGGUACCGUCGAUCUCCAUCGACGACUCCGACUCGGACACUGAGGAAGAGGAGGAGGAGGAGGAGAAGAGCGUGCCAGCCGUAGGAGGAGCGUCGUUGAUGAACGACGGCGCUAAGCAGCCCGCAAAACUGCCCGGCGCUGGCGCUAGCCCCUCCCACCAUAGCCCCGGUCCAAUCGGUGGCGGCACCGCGCCGACCUCCAGCCCGUCCCUCGCCCCGCCCUCCCCCCUGUCCGCCAUCACGGUCACCGAGGCGCCCGUGCCCCCCGGCACGCCCCCGUCGCCCGGCCGCUGCAUCUCGGUGUCCAGCCCCGGCCGCGGCCACAAGAUCUUCAUGGUGACCCGCGUGGAGAGCCCGCCCGAGCAGCCGCAACUGCUGUCCCAGCUCCAGUCCUGGAGGGAGCAGGAUCGGGCUGCCCAGAACCAGAAGCAGAACCAGACCCAGACCCAGAGUCAAGGACCCAGCCCAACCAGCAAAGACACCCCGAAGCCCACAAAGGCUGAACCAACCCACGGCCCAGUGCAGGCGUCCUCAGGCGGGGACGUUCCGCGUCCGGGUGCUAGCGGACCUGCUGAGGAGGGACCGGUGGACGCACUUGCGCAGAAGAAAGACCCCAGCCAGCUGUCCGAAGCCCUGACCGACCCGCUAGGGGCGCAGCUGUUGCAGCCAAACCCCCCCGCACUACAAUCCCGGCAGCCCCCGGCACAGACUGACUCGAGUGUGACCCCACCGAGACAACCAAAUGCAGCCUCCACAGUGAGCGUCACCGAGGACCUGAAGGAAAGCAGCCAGGCGGCUUCCGCAGAGCUCAGCCAGCCUUUAUCUGAGGGACAAGCAGCAGCAGCAGAAACAACAGAAGCAGCAGCAGCAGCAGUAGUAGAAACAACAGAAGCAGCAGCAGCAGUAGUAGAAACAACAGAAGCAGCAGCAGCAGCAGCAGUAGUAGAAACAACAGAAGCAGCAGCAGCAGUAGAAACAACAGAAGCAGCAGCAGCAGCAGCAGCAGUAGUAGAAAAAACAGAAGAAGCAGCAGCAGCAGAAACAACAGCAGCAGCAGAAAUGACAGAAGAAGCAGCAGCAGCAGAAACAACAGAAGCAGCAGCAACCGAAAUGACAGAAGCAGCAACAGCAGCAGCAGACACGACAGGAGCAGUACCAGCAGCAGUAACAGAAGCAGCAGCAACAGAAGCAGACACGACAGGAGCAGCAACAGAAGCAGCCACAGCAACAGCAGCAGUAACAGAAGCAGCAGUAACAGAAGCAGCAGCAACAGCAACAGAAGCAGCAGCAAUAGCGACACCAAACCCACUGGAGCAGCAGCCUCAGGGCCCAAAUACACACACGCAACCCCAGCCUGCCCCGGUCAGCACCGACACACUGACCGGGCCAGAGCAGGUCCUGGAAACGCAGUCCGAGUCACAGACGCUGGUAGCAGAGCAGGCAAGCGAGCCGAUCGCAGCAGAGCAGCAGCCCGGGUCGCAGGCUUCUCAAGCGAUUGCAGAGCCAGCUGCCCAAGAGCAGGGGCCUCAUGAAAGCUCUCGGGCGUCAGAACAGGACCUGCAGCAGCAGCAGCAACAGACUGUGGAGGAGUGUCCCCUGCCCAGCGCAACGUCUGAGGUCGGUGGUAAUCCGGAGCCGACCGUAGAGCUGGAGACACCGGCGGAGCCUGACCCCUGCCCUGGCCCAGAGCAGCUCUCACCUGGGCAGGCCUUGGAGGCGGAGCUGGAAGCGGAGCUGGAGGCAGAGCUGCAGCUGGUCUUGGGUCAGCAAACGCAGCCGUGUCCUCCUCCCCUGUCUGCAGAGUGUUCAGAUUCGCCGGUCCCGCUGCCUUCUCCGAAGAAGACCCCCGCCGCCGUGGUCAGUGCCACCACAGCGCCCACGGCCGCUCAGGACCAGCGGGUCGCCCCAACGGGGGAGGAGCACGCCUCGGUCACUACGUCGACCGUGGACGAGCCCCAGGCGGAGGAGUCGUCGGGAGACUCCCCAGACGAGAGUUCGACAGACGACGGCGAGAGCGUCACAGUGGAGCCUUCUGGAGCAGCCCUGCCCAACGGACUGAAGCCCGAAUUCGCCCUGCACCUGUUGGAUCCCGAAGGGCCCAAGCCUGGCAGCUGCGUCAUGGAGCACGUGGCCGCAGAGCUUCACUGCGGGCAGGACCUGGAGGAGCUGCUGCUGGAAGCCAGCCUGGAUACCGGACGCGAGGCCCCGUAGUGCUGUCACCAUGGUUGCUGUAGACCAGCUGAUCUGUAUGUCUUUUGGGCCCUGUGCAAGGCCUUGGGCUUCUGAUGCCCCAAGCCAACCUUCCCACGCACACCAACCCCCAACCUAACCCAACCCAACCACACACUUUCUUCCCCCUUCAUCAUUCCUGCUAUCUCCUCACUCUCUCAUUGGCCGCUGGCACACACAUGAUAACUGAUACUUGCGUGUACAAACACACACAUACACACUUACAUACAUACAUACAUACCCACACACACACACACACACACACACACACACACUCACUCUCACACACUAUGAACCGUGAUUAAGAGACAAAGAAAUAAAAAAAAAGCUAAAAGAAAAUAUUGAUCAUGCCACAGCCUGGGAAAUAUGAACACACUACAAGUCACAGCCAGAAGAAACACACAGUUGUAUGAAAGAAUAAAAAGGACAACUUAUUUAAAAAAGAAAAAAAAAAGAAAAAAACCUUGUGGAAGCUGUCACACUACCCCUCUGUCUAUCACUACAUUCCCCUAGUGGGGUCCAUGAAAGGAAGGAUCUGCAAACAAAUACAAAUAAUGACAAAGAAAAGGAAAAGAAAAAGUGAUGGCAGAGAAUACUGUCUGAAGAGGAGGAUAAGGAGACAAUAUCUCACUGCUCAAAACCAAAGAGACAUGACACGCACACUCACACACAUGCACAUGCUCAACUACACACACACUCACUCUCUUUCCGUUCUGCACCUGUCGGGGCUUGAAAUUGCAACACUGACCUCCAGUGGUGAUCUGAGGUUAUUGCAGCUGGACGCUCUAACUGGACAGGACUCCUACAAGCUCUCUCUUGCGCUCUCUCUCUCUCUUUCUCUAUCCUCCCAUUCCUCAUCUGGUUCCACUUCUCCCUUCUCUGCGACUGUUUCACUAAUAGAUCAGAUAAAUGAGUGUGAGGGUGGGAUGGGGGUGUGUGUCUUGUGUCUAAAGGUGUGUGUGUGUGUGUGUGUGUGUGUGUGUGUGUGUGUGUGUGUGUGUGUGUGUGUGUGUGUGUGUGUCUCUGUGUGUGUGUGUGUGUGUGUGUCUGUGUGUGGGCGUACUUGUGCUAAGUCAAGUUUAAGUCUGUCUCAUGAGAAGGAAUACCUCCAAAGUGUAGAAAAAGAGAGCUCCGUACAGUGGAAAGAGCCAAAACGCUUCUGAUUGAACUUUUAACUCUCGUCCGGUUCAGCCAUCUCUGAUCUGCCAAAAAAAGAAAGAAAGGAAACAAAUAUAAACAAGUCUAUUAUGGGAUUUUCUCUCGGUUCUCUAUUUAAACAUGUAUCAGUGCUUACAAGCUGAAGCCUUUUUCGGGAACCAAUGUGAAUGUUACAGGCUGAGAUGAGAGGAGGGGAGGGGAGCGGGAAGGAGGUCUUGCCUUGGCAGAGGAAGGCCAUUCUUUAGUGCGACUGUAGCUUUUCUCUGGAUACUUUCAUCACCUGACUGACCUGCUGUCCCCAGUCCCAUUGGAGGGCAGGACCGAGUCUGUCUUGCCCUCUGUUGGGAAGAGAAAGAAAAGAAACUCGAGUCUAGUGGAAUGUGAUUUCUCUUUCUGCUCCUUUCACAAUUCUCUCACCCUUCCUCCCUCCUUCCCUUUCUCUCUCUCUCUGUCUCUCUCUUGUUGUCUCACAUUUGGCACCACACUCGUUCAGCAGACGAUUAAAACAUGCUCAAUGCCUUUUGAUCGCGUUUUGUUUAUUUUUCCCCCCUCACCUUAAUUUUUUUGCUGCUUUUGAAGAUUCAGUUGUUUCUAUUUAUUUUAUAGUUAUAUGAGCCUUUUUUUCUUUGUGUGAUUUAUUUCUCCAUAUUCCUUACUUUUAUUAUUAUUAUAAAAUAAUAAUAAUAAUAUUAUAAAAAUCUUGGGGUUUUGCUUUUAAAGAUUUUUUUCCAUGGUGUAUAUUUUCAGGUUCUACAGAAGAGCAAUUACUAUUGUGUUUAGAGAUUGUUGUCUCUUGUUUGUUGAUUGUCUCCUGUCUUGGCAUAAAUGGGGUAUAAUACAAGGGGUUGGUUGCAUAUUAAGGGGCAAACGGUUUUGGGACAUUGACAUGCUGGAGAUGGAGCGGCCCAAAACAAAGGGUUGAAGAUACGGGCAAGGAGUGUGUGCGUGUGUGUGUGUGUGCUGAGGGGGAGGGGUGUCUUAUCCUGUACAGAGCCGUCUCAAAGCAAAUAACCCACCUGUCCCCCUCCACGCCAACUACUUCCCCGGACAACGUUGAAUGUCAGUGUGUGAGACUAAUAAGGAAGUGAAACACUAUUCGCCGUCGAUGGUUGGAGACGCCACUCACGGUCGGCAUGGCGGAGCCCUUGGUGAUGGUAGACGCAGGUGCGUCCCGGAGCUGUUGUGUCAAGUCGCAUCAUACUGCCUCCCUGUCUGGAGGUGGACGAUGCAAAGCAGAGUGAGCAGAGGCGACUUGGUUGGUCGGUGCGGAGCUGGGUGGGGAUGGCUGGGGUUGAGGACAGAGGACUUCUCUGGCCCCCUCUUUGGGAGUCCUUGAGGGUGGCCAACACCGGCCUUAGAUACCGUGGCCGUGUGUGUAUGUGUGUUUGUGUGUGUGUGUACGCAAACGUCUCCUGUAGCUUUUUUUUUUGUUCUUGCUCUCCCAGAUUGCUGUAGGUGUGUGAUUGCAGCUCUCUUCUGAAUGAAAGUGACCCCAGCACAGGGCUAAGUCUGUUUCAGAGUUGGCCUCCCUCUCUCUUGCUUUGUGUGUGUGUGUGUGUGUGUGUGUGUGGCACAGACAGAUGGGGGCGAGUUUUGCCACAGUUUCAAAGACAUACAGUAACAGCCAAACCAGCCCCAGUGUUUUGCCUCUGUAACAGAUUGUACUGGCCUCCAAAUAAAUUCACAUUGCUGUGCUGCCCUCACUACCCCCCUCCCCACCCCCCUCUCUCCAAUCCCAUGUUUGUAAUGCUUUUCAUUUUUAGUAAUUUUUAAAUUACUUGUUUAAAUUAAUCAAUAAAAAAAGACGACAGAAAAGAAAUUUGCUGGUUAGCACACUGACGUGUAUGGAAAAGUAAAUUUUUGUUUCUCUCUCUCUCUCUCUAUCUCUCUCAAAUAAAUGCAUGUAAUGAGAA